GGCUGGACCAUAAGGUGCGCUUCGAUGGCAGACAGUGACCAAAGGUCGUUGUUUUUUUCCCGCUUCAACGAAAUUGUGCAAACGAUUUGCAACAUUUUUGGCAUUGUUUUGAAGUAGCUAGGUCAAACAUUGACUCGUGUAAUUGUAUGACAAAAUUAAAUGUGAUGAAACUUGAAAAAAAGUGAUAAAAUCGAUGGUCUCCAGCAUAAUGUUGUCGGUGCAGAGCUCUAACCAAGGAGUAAAAUGCCCUCAUUUGCAUGCGCCCUUUCCCACCGUGCGUCUGACAGAAGAAAAACUUACAUGAUUUGACGACACCCGCAAACACCGCGCACCACCCAACCGCGCGCGCCCUGUCCCUGCGUAUAUACACACUCGCACACACAAUACGCCAGAGCAAAGGAAAACACGAAACCCUACAGAAUGUGCAACGAUUUUUGCGUUCUCCGUCCCAGCCCGCGUACUAUCGAUUGAUUUACGGUGUUUUCAAGAAUCGUUUCACUGGUGGGUGGUGGUGGUGGUGGUGGUGGUUGGCUGCAAUUCCCUUCCGGUGGGCGCCGCUGCUGCACCACAGUUCGUCUGGAGGAUAGGUGGCCGGAUCUUGGUGCUGCUGCCGCUUCCCACCUCUCCCGUCUCCGCGAACGAUGGAGUACGAGUACAUGCUGAUGAGGAACGAGAAGGAAACGCAAAACCGCUGCUGCGGCGGACGCGUUUGGUGUGUACAGGACAUUUGCGGCAUUAUCUGUGCCGUUUUAACAUGGGGUUUAAUAUUGUAUGCGGAAUUUGUCGUCACAAUGGUGAUCCUGCUGCCCCAUCCUUACAAGGCCUAUCGGUACAUUAACUUUAUUAUUUUUAACACGGGCUCGUUCCUGGCGUUUGCAUCACACCUGCGUACCAUGCUGUCCGAUCCGGGUGCCGUACCGAAAGGAAACGCCACGAAGGAAAUGAUCCAGCAGCUCGGCUACCAGGAGGGGCAGGUGUUCUUCAAAUGUCCCAAAUGCUGCAGUAUUAAGCCGGAGCGUGCCCAUCACUGUUCCGUCUGCCAGCGGUGCAUACGCAAGAUGGACCACCACUGUCCGUGGAUAAACAACUGCGUCGGGGAGAACAAUCAGAAGUUUUUCGUACUUUUUACGUUUUACAUCGCAUUCAUUUCCAUCCAUUCGAUAUUUCUGGCUGUAAAUCAGUUCUGCCUGUGCAUCAAAAACGAGUGGAGAGAGUGUUCCAACUAUUCGCCACCGGCCACCGUGAUACUGUUGCUCUUCCUCAUACUGGAAGCGCUACUGUUUGCCGUCUUCACGAUGAUCAUGCUCGGCACACAGCUGAACGCAAUAUGGACGGAUGAAACGGGCAUAGAGCAGCUGAAAAAGGAGGAAGCCCGCUGGGUGAAGAAAUCGCGCUGGAAAAGCUUCCAGGCAGUGUUUGGUCACUUUUCACUAGCAUGGUUUUCACCGUUUACGCAGCCGCUCAGAGCAAAGCAUGAAAAUUAUUUAUAUUCAGUCUAAAUAAAACAAAAAACCACACUCAA